UUUGCUUCUUUUCUUGCACAAAAAAUGGCAGCUACUGCUUCUUCUUCUUCUUCUUCAUGCUACACUGCACUCUCUUCCACCCCUUCUAGAACCUUCGCCAAGACCUUCGCUCAAACCUUCGCCGUUCCCAAUAUCGUGUUCUCCAAGCUCAGCCUCAAAGGCGUUAGUGCUCGGCGCUGCAUGGCUUCACUAGGCGCUCGCAUGGUGUCCGCGCCGCCGGUCACGUCUCCGGCUUCGCUAGAUUUUCAAACCUCCGUUUUCAAGAAGGAGAAGAUUAACCUUGCUGGACACGACGAGUACAUUGUGAAAGGAGGGAGGGAUUUGUUCCAUUUGUUGCCGGAUGCUUUCAAGGGGAUUAAGCAGAUUGGUGUCAUUGGAUGGGGUUCGCAGGGACCAGCUCAGGCACAGAAUCUGCGGGAUUCACUUGCUGUAGCAAAGUCUGAUAUUGUCGUUAAGAUUGGCCUUAGGAAAGGUUCUCAUUCCUUUAAUGAGGCUCGCGCAGCUGGUUUUAGUGAGGAAAAUGGAACUCUAGGCGACAUAUGGGAAACUAUCUCGGGCAGUGAUCUCGUGUUGCUGUUGAUUUCUGAUGCUGCACAGGCAGAUAAUUAUGAGAAAAUAUUUUCCCAUAUGAAGCCAAACAGCAUACUUGGGCUGUCCCAUGGUUUUCUUCUUGGGCAUUUACAGUCAAUGGGACUUGAUUUUCCUGAACACUUCAGUGUAAUUGCUGUAUGCCCGAAGGGGAUGGGUCCAUCUGUGAGGAGGCUGUAUGUCCAAGGCAAAGAGAUAAAUGGUGCUGGAAUUAAUUCAAGUUUUGCAGUCCACCAGGAUGUGGAUGGCAGGGCUACUGAUGUUGCUUUGGGAUGGUCUGUUGCCCUUGGUUCUCCUUUUACAUUUGUCACUACAUUAGAGCAGGAAUACAAGAGUGACAUCUUUGGGGAGAGAGGCAUUUUACUUGGUGCCGUUCAUGGUAUUGUGGAAUCCUUGUUUAGGAGGUACACUGAACAUGGAAUGAAUGAAGAUCUGGCUUAUAAGAAUACUGUCGAGUCUGUAACAGGAAUUAUAUCUAAAACCAUAUCAACUAAGGGCAUGUUGGCUGUAUACAAUGCUUUAUCCGAAGAAGGUAAAAAGGAAUUUGAGAAAGCAUAUAGUGCUUCAUAUUAUCCCUGCAUGGACAUUUUGUACGAGUGUUAUGAGGACGUUGCUUGUGGUAGUGAGAUUCGCAGUGUUGUUUUGGCUGGGCGGCGCUUUUAUGAGAAAGAGGGUCUGCCUGCAUUUCCCAUGGGUAAAAUUGAUCAGACCCGAAUGUGGAAGGUUGGUGAACGUGUGCGAUCUACAAGACCAGCUGGUGAUCUAGGCCCACUAUAUCCAUUUACUGCUGGGGUCUUUGUGGCAUUGAUGAUGGCUCAGAUUGAGAUCCUGAGGAAGAAAGGGCAUUCUUACUCCGAAAUCAUUAACGAGAGUGUCAUUGAGUCGGUUGAUUCUUUGAAUCCUUUCAUGCAUGCACGUGGUGUUUCUUUCAUGGUUGAUAACUGCUCAACCACAGCAAGGUUGGGUUCAAGGAAAUGGGCUCCCAGAUUUGAUUACAUCCUAACCCAGCAGGCGUUGGUGGCAGUGGACAAUGGAGCACCUAUCAACCAGGACUUAAUCAGCAACUUCCUGUCAGACCCAGUGCAUGGAGCCAUUGAAAUUUGUGCUGAACUGAGACCUACAGUAGAUAUUUCAGUGCCACCAGAUGCAGACUUUGUCCGUCCUGAAUUGCGUCAAUCUAGCAAUUAGAACUUGAACCAAUCACCGCUUUUCUUGAGCCAACUCCUUUUCGGAAUGCUUAGAAUAGCCGCUGCCCUGUUCGUUUAAAUUUUGUUCACAUGGUUGAGUGCUGGCAUGGAAGUCUGUAUUAUUACUCUGUAGUACUAAGAUUUUUGAAUAAAUGUGGAAUGUUCCUUAAUGUCGUAUAAGAAAUGAGUUAAAUGAUUCGAGUGAGUAAUUUG